GCGGCUUCAGUCGCCGCGGUAAACAGCGUGAAUGACGGAUGGCGAGAUACUUUUCGCCGUUUUGUCGGGUGACUAUACAAGUCGGUGUGUUCACAUGGGUGGAUUCAGGAUCCGAAGUCGUCCACUGAGUUGCCCACGUAAUCUGCGAAAGGGACCAUGGCAAACGUGAAAGUUGCCAUUCGAGUUCGCCCCUUAAAUGGAAGGGAGAAUGUGGACGGAGGAAAACUAGCCGUGCAGGUGGAGGAUAAGUUUGUAAAGAUCCGAAAUGUAAAGCUGGAUGGACGUACGGAUGGUGCUGUGGAUUCCAGGGAGAAGCUCCUAGAGUUUUGUUUUGACUACUGCUACUGGUCAGUGGACCCUACGGACCCCCACUACACUGCACAGGAGGAGGUGUUCCAGGACCUGGGUGUGUCGGUGCUGGCAGGAGCUUCAGAGGGCUACAAUGUGUGUCUGUUUGCCUAUGGCCAGACCGGCUCUGGGAAAACCUACACCAUGAUGGGGACACCGGACUCCAUUGGCUUGACCCCCAGGAUUUGUCAGGGACUCUUCAGGUCUGAGGACACUUCUCCUGAUGGACAAAAUUCCAGCAGAGUGGAGAUCAGCUUCCUGGAGAUCUAUAAUGAGCGUGUGCGGGACCUGCUGAGACGAGGAGAGCAGAAGAAAAGAGCUUCCUUGAGAGUCCGAGAACACCCUGAGAAAGGACCCUACGUGCAAGACCUCUCCCAGCACGUGGUCUCAGACAGCAAGCAGGCCAUGGACCUUUUGGAAGAGGGCAUCGCCAACCGCAUCACAGCAGCAACCCACAACCAUGACGCCAGCAGCCGAUCCCACGCCAUCUUCACCAUCCAGUACACACAGGCAAUACUGGAAAAUAACCUUCCUUCAGAAAUUGUCAGCAAGAUCAACUUGGUGGACCUAGCUGGGAGUGAGCGGGCCGACCCCAACUACUGCAGGGACAGGCUGACAGAGGGCUCCAACAUCAACAAGUCCCUUGUCACACUGGGCAUUGUUAUCUCUGCUCUUGCCCAGAAUUCCCAGAUGUCCAGCAGCUGUCAGAGUAUCAACAGCAUGGCCAGCGAGGGUGACGGCAGCAUGGUGGGCAGCCACAGUAGCUCCCUUUCUGGGGGAGGAGGUGGUGGAGGAGGAGGAGGGAGGAGGCACUGCUUCAUCCCCUACAGAGACUCCGUCCUCACCUGGCUGCUCAAGGACAGCCUGGGAGGAAACUCCAAAACCAUCAUGAUUGCUACUAUCUCCCCGUCUUGUAGCAGCUAUAAUGAAACCCUCAGCACCCUGCGCUACGCCGCCCAUGCAAGAAAUAUUGUCAACAAACCCCGUGUUAAUGAGGAUGCUAGUGUGCGGCUGAUCAGGGAACUGAGAGAGGAGAUUGACAGGUUGAAGAGCAUGCUGCUCAGCUUUGAAAUGCAACGCGACCCCAGCCCCUCACUGAGCGACGAGAGGGAUGGGAAUCUGUCUGACAUCGUUCUCCAGAAUGAACUAAAGGUGGAGCAGCUGACGAAGGACUGGUCGGAGAGCUGGAGAGACAAGAAGGAGCUGUUGGAGCAGUACAGUGUGGACAUCAACAGAGAUAAAGCCGGCUUUCUCGUCAACUCCCUCCAGCCGCACCUGGUAACCCUGGAUAGAGACGUUCUCAGCACCGGGGUCAUCUUUUAUCACCUCAGGGAAGGCGUUACCCGCAUUGGACCUCAGGAUCAACAUGAAGAACCGCAAAUAGUUCUGCAGAGCAGUGCCAGCUGUGAGAUUGAGAACCAGGGAGGAGUGGUGACCCUCAGACCACUGCCUGGUUGUAUCUGCCUGGUCAAUGACAAGGAGGUCACUGAACCCUGCAGACUGGCACAAGGAACAGUGAUCACCUUGGGAGGAGUCCAUAAGUUCCGCUUCAACCACCCUGCCGAGGCAGCCAUCCUCAGGGAGCGCAGACGGGCCAGUGAAGGUAUGCUGACAUGCAGCUACAGUGACCUCUGCCCCCUCAACUCUGAUUCCAGAGACAUGGAGCCCCAAGAGAGGCUGGGUGCCUGUCUCUCCGCUGUGGAGGAGCCCGCCGCCAGGCAGUGUGUGGAGGAGCAGCAGCAGUACGUGGAGUCUUUGUGGCAGGAGAUCCAGGCUGAGCAGAGACGAGCUGAGAGAGAACUGGAGAUGGAGCAGGCCCACCUCCGAAAGCAGCACACGGAGAUCCAGCAAUGGAUCAUACAGGAGACACAGCACCUGGCAGCUAUUGAGCAGAAGGCCACCCAGGAGUUUGGAGUUCAGACUGAUCUCCACCCUGCUCCCAUCCUCGAAAAGCUGACUUCACUGCUGUCUGAGGACCAGGGAGUGGAUACAGCACACCCGCCGUCUCAGGUGGCAAGGGCAAGGAAGAGGGUGGUACAGGAGGAGUUGGUAAGGCACCACACCUUACGCCGCGCCGAGAACUGCAUUCGCCGGAAGAGGCUGCACUACCAGCUGGAGAAGAUUGCUCGCAAGCGGCAUUUGUUGGAGGCCAAGAGAGAACUGCAGAGGCUGGAGGAGGCCCUGCCGCCAGGGCCAGAGAGCCCUGGAUCCCCUGAGCUGAUUUCCCCCUCUCAGCCCAGACAAAGACGAUCUGUCCCACGCCGGCACUCAUUCUCAGCAGAUAUCCUGUCACGGCUGUACCCACAAAACACCCCCAUCUUUAGCCAUUUCCUAAAGAGGAACAGAUCCACAGAGCUGACUGUGAAUACUUCGAGUGCUUCCGAUCCCAUCAGCUGCAGGAAGUGGGUUUCUGACGAGUGCCUUCCCCGGGAGAGAACCAGGAGUUGUUCCAACACCAUGGUCUCCUUAGGGCAAAUUCAAGGUUCUAGGAGCAGAGCCAGCUCCUCUGAAAACCUCAGACAGACUUCCAGGGAUGAGCCCCCUGCUCAGCCCUGCCGAGAACGACCAGAGAGAAAGCCACUGCUCCCUACACGGGGCCUGAUGUUUAAGACCAGUCAGAACCCAUCAGUGAGUCUGAAGUCACCUCAUAGAACUGCUUUACAACCAAAAAGCAGUGUUAACAUAAAGGGACCCUUGGCAGACAAACCCUUCCCUCAGAAUGUCCCGUGUGCAAAUGUGAUGACUCCAUCCUGUGGAGGUAACAAGAGACUGGAAACAAUCAGAAAGUCUCUCGUUCGUUCUGUAGGGCCCAGGUUCAAGACAGCCCUGUCCAGAGUGUUCAGAAAGCCAUCAUCUGGAGUGAGUGGAGGCAGGGGCCCCAAACCUCUGGGGGAAACAGUAAAUAAAUUUCACUGGAGGCGAACCAGAGACAGGAGCUUAAAAGAUACCAAGAUGGGCAAAAUUAAAUGUGCUAUUAAAACAGCAGUCUCAUGUGAGGAGCUUAACCAAAGGACUUUCACUGAGGACGUCAGAUGCAGGCAGUGGCACAGCAUGGAAACCCUAAUGAACAAGACGGGCAGAUGGAUGGAGAGGUGGCAGCAGGAGCUGGUUGGGUUGGGGGAAGAAGACAGGAAAGAGGAAGGAGAGAUGGAUGAAGGUUCCUCAGACUGCGAUAGCCUUUUCUCCCUCGACUCCCUGUCCUCGGCUUAUGCUACAGCCCUAGCAGAACAGCUGAGGCAUGAGGAAGCAGCUCGGAGUGAGGCAGAGAGUGAAGACAGUCAGAUGUCUAGAGAUUCCUUGGCUAUAGAGGGCGGCAAGAAACACUCCACCGUGGAGACUCUGAAGCUGACUGUGGCACCCAAAUACUCAGUGGUAAGGGAUUCUUCCCAUCCGUCUAUGGAACCAGAGAGGAUACCAUUGGUCGGAUCUGCCUCAGAGAAAGAUAGUAGUCAGGAACUCCAGGAAAUCCCAGCAGAGGCAUUUUGGAGCCAACAUAGCUGCACUAACACAAAAAUUAGCAGUGAAAUUAGAGCAAUAGAAACACCAGUGUACCAUAAACCAACAGUCGCAGAUUUCAGAUGCAGAGACACUGUAGCCAAGAUGGAUGAGGAGUAUGCAAACACUGAGACGACAUUUGCGACACUGACAAACAGCCCGCGGUCUCUCAGCAGCUGUAGCAUUAGGGAAAGAGAAAGUUUGCUGACACUCACUGAUGCCUGGUCUUCCACCGAUGCAGCUGACAGUCCCAGACUUCACAGCAGAGAUUCUGUUCUGUUGCAAGCAGGAAAGGUGUUCAGAGGUCCAGUUAAUAGCAGCUGUCCCAGCCCUGACAACGUGAACCUCUCAAAUUGUCACGACAGCUCCAACAGUUGUAACUCUUCAUCCAGCAGCACUGAAGAUUUAGAUGUGACAGCGGAAAUACAGAGCCUCAACGUUUCAGGGAAAAUUCCAGGGAAUAUUCAAAACCCUUAUACUGCACCAGCACUGGUGGAUGCCAUGAUGUCAGUUUCACUUUGUCAGGUUGAGGUAGAACAUCCCGAAAGGCACUCUGACAGGCCGACAGAAAGCAAAGAGGAGAUAUCUCUUGAUGCUCCUAACUACAGCAGCGACAAGAGGUUAGCUACCUCGCCCCCUUCAGAUAGAACUGUGAGUGUGCCAGCCAUCGACUUUGAGAUUCACCAUGCUGCAUCAACAACAGAGAAGCCUUUAAAAUUGCAUCAGGCAUUUACAGAUAUGCCGUGUGUGGGGGUUGUUAGUGUAACUUCCACUGACACUUCAAGGUAUCGGUCAAACACCUGUUUAACAGCAAAUCCUAACCAAGAUGAAACACUGAGUGGGGUGUUCCACACUAAAAGUGCCUUCAGUCCCUCCAUUGAAGGUAAUAAACUAUGCAAUCAGGAUGGUGAAACAGAACAGUCAAAGUGUAUUAAGACAUAUGAGGAAAAAUAUACCAAAGAUGUGUCACAGAGGUGUGACAAAACACUAAACAAGAUUGAAACCAAAGUGUCUGAGCAGGGCCCUGCAACUGUGGAGCAGGAAUUUCUUAAAUCUGCUUGUAAAAAUUCCAGGAAGAGGAACAAAGGCCUGCAGGAUGCUUUCACAGGUAGCUUGAAAAUUCCAAAGAGGUGCAAUGUAGUGGAGUUGGUAACAUUCAGCUCGACACCAAUAAACAGCCAGGAAGUUGUUUGGCCUGAUGACAAUAACAAUACCAAUGGUGUGAGAGGGAAACAGUCUGCAAUAGAAGUUGACAGCCCCAGACUAAUUUCAAGUUGCACCGAUAUCAGAGACAAACAAGAUACUCUGGCUACAGAGGUAUUACAUUCUUCUAAACUCACAUGCCAAGAAACAGAACAGACCUGCCAGAUGCCUGGGGACUCUGAACACAGUCGCAAAAGCAGUAACACAAGUUGUCAAGGUACAUCUGUGGGACAGACGGAUUUAGUGAACAAAGGAGACAGGAAGGGAAAGGAAGAGAUUGUGGAAAAGGAUGAAAUUGGAAAGGCGUGCACAGAUAACAAAAAGAGACAAUCGGAGAAUAGAAAACACGUCUGUCAAUGGGAUGCUAUCCGUAGUGCCAUUGACCUGAGGAUCUCAGAGGUGCAUUGA